AUGAAUGAUAUAGGAGGUGAAAACACACCCCUACAACCCCGGGAGAACUGCCCAAUCAUUUCAGCCAACUGGAUCACAGUUGCCUGCUCACAUGUAUUGGAAGCAAGAACUGGUGCAGUGGUCAAUGAACGAGCAAACACUGCUUACUGUGAACACGCGAGCGAGUUAGAAGCAGAGGAAGUCUGCACUCCAAUGGGAUGGAACCACCUGCUCCGACGAACCAGGAGUAACAGAACAUUCAACGAUCAAACAGAUGUCUAUACAAAGCUGCGCCCUGGGCGCUGA